AUGGAUAAUGAUAGGCCGCAAUCAUCCAUACCGAAAAGGCGUGUAUUGAAACGAGGGGAAUCUGGGGAAACCUCAGACAAUGACCUUAAUCCACUUAUGAAGAAGACUGUUCUGUACAGUCAAAAGAAACCAGAUGAUUCAAAAGACGACUAUUAUGAUGACGAGAUUGUGGAAACUACAUGGGUAGUCAAGUUGGGCAACAAAAAGGUGUCGGACAAGGAAAUGCUCGACUUCGUUAGCAGCCAGUUGAAGAACAAGGAUUUAUUCGCCGAUCUCAUGAAGCCAGACAAUGGCAGCUCGUCAGCCACUCAGUAUAUGAAAACAUUCGGAAGGAAUUCAGUUCAUGUCAACAGUAUGCCUCAAAGAACUGAUCGCCCUCCUAUAAUUUCACUAACCGAGUGUUCAUAG